AUGCAAAACUCAGGUGAGGAGAGAAGAGUGGCAUACGUUGUCUCCAACGAGCUUGUCAAGAUCUCCUCUCAAUUACCGUCGAACCGUAAUCGGUCCUUCUUGGUGCAUAGCUUGGUGAAGGCCUUCGGCCUCCUUAAACCUCCGGGAAGAGAUUCAGUUGCUGGGAUACAGCCGUUGCGGCCAUUACCUGCACAAUUCAAAGAGUUGUCGGCUUACCAUGACCGCGACUAUUUGGAACGGUUGUUGCAAGGUGAAGUAUACGGUGCUACGAAUGACACUCAACACACAGAAUACGGACUAGAGGAGGAUUGCCCCGCGUUCCCUCAUCUCCCGGAUUAUGUCCGUUAUGUGGCAGGAGCCACGUUAGCAGCGGCCAGAGCUCUCAAAGAUGACACAGCCGAUAUCUCUGUUUGCUGGGACGGCGGCAGACAUCAUGCUCAGAAAGCGCGUGCCUCUGGAUUUUGCUACGUCGCCGACUGUGUCCUUGCCAUAUUGCUUUUGAAGCGCUCGUUGCCAGCGACCACGGAACGGCCGCUUUUCAGGCCUCGGGUCAUGUACCUCGACUUUGACUUACAUUUUGCGGACGGAGUGUCUGAAGCGUUCUAUUCCUCCUCAAAACACUCCUCGUCUCCACAAGUUCUUACCCUCUCCAUCCACCAUACCGCACCAGGCUUUUUCCCAGUGUCCCACCUUGCAGGCUUGACAGAUCCGCAGGAUUCUCAAUUUGACCCAUUUACCCUUUCCUUACCUCUCGAACGUGGCGCUUCCAACAAGACCUUCCAUCGUAUAUGGCCACUCAUCGAGCACGUCAAGGACGCGUUCCAACCCCACUACGUCGUGGUGCAAUGCGGUGCAGAUGGACUAUCAGGGGAUCCCUACGCCACCUGGAAUUGGUCCCUGGGCGGCGAAGGGGGCAUGGGAUGGUGUGUCGACCGAAUAUGUCACUGGCCUUCUCGCACCUUGCUACUUGGAGGAGGCGGAUACAACUCGCCGAAUGUUGCCCGAGCGUGGACAUUUCUCACAUCAAUUGCACUGGGCCGUAUACUUCCGCUUGAUUCCGACAUUCCUGAUCAUGGAGCGUUCCCUCUCUACGCAUCGUCGUUUACACUCGACGUCCCAUCAGGGAACAUCCAAGACCAAAACACAGACGCAUAUCUUGAGCGUGUAGAUCAAGUAUUCGCACAAGUCGUGGACGCAAUCCGAGAGAAAAUGCGGUCAUCGUCAUGA